AUGGUACCUCUCGGUCAGGAUAGGUUUUAUCGGCAAUAUUGGCUAGUCAUGUCGAUACCAUGUAUACUAAUUGAAGAUUGCUCUUGUACUGAUAAAAAUCCGUACUACACUCAUGCUACUAUUCGAAAUCGUCAAAUUGUAUAUACAUAUCCUGAACUUGCUAAAAGAAUGGGUCUUAGUAGUCCUGAAGAUGCGUGUAAACGCUUCCGAGAGGCAAUCUGUUUUAUCAAAGAUAAUGAAUCUGUAGAUAGAGAAGAAUUAACUUUUCGUAUUGCAGCAACUAUACCACAUCAGUCUUCUUCCUCAGGAAGCUUACCAUUGGAACAACUAAGAGCUCUAGUAAAACCGGAACGUGUCGGUAUCCAUGAUUCAACUUCGCAUAACACCUGUCCUGUAGUUAGCCAGUUAGCUAAGUUACGAUGCUCUGCUGCAAAGCAGUCAGCACCCAGCACUGUUUGGAAUCGUACGGCCAACUCUACAUUAAACUCAGGACCCAGUUCUUCCACACUUGAUUGUUCUUCCACAAUAGCUGUUAAAUCAGAAGAGUGUGCCAAUGAUAAUGUCAUAACUUCUAAUGAAUCGAAAUGUAAAAAACAUAUUUCUAAUGAUGAUGAUAACGAAAGUUUGUCGACCAAAAAUGAUGAGACCGAUUUGAUUGAACGUGCCAAAUGGACUGUUGAUUGUUUAGAAGCGUCUUUAAAUCCUCGUGGUGUUCGAGAAUCUCGUCUGCGUAAAACUAUUGGUCAGUUACGACCCUUGCUUAUUAAAGUAGUUGCUAUGUGUCCACUUGAACUUAUUUGUUCACUGAACAACAAUAAUCCUUCAGGAUUAGAUGACAAGAUAGCAGUUGUUCCUCAAAACACACCUGUUUCAACCGAAAGUGCUACUAUUACUGAUGAAAUGUGUCGGAGUGAGAAAUCACCUGAAUCGAUUAUGUGUUCGUGGUUGGAGACAGCUCUUGUUGGUAUUGGAUAUCGUCUGGGUCGUCUGAAUUUGAUAAAGGACUUACUUUUCGAUCGAGAUUAUAAGCCUAAGGAAAUUCCGUCUGAGGAUCAAGCUGAACUAAAACAAGCUCCUACAGAAAUCCCUCCGAACAAAAAUAGUGAUGAGGCUGACAAUGAUGUUGUUUCUUCAUCAACUGAAAAUGCUAAUAUUGCUGACAAUUCUUCCAAGCGUUUUCAAACUUCAGAACCUGUACUAAAUUCAAGUGGUUUGAAUAUGAAUGUGAGACGUCUGGCGAAAAUACUUCUUUCCCUAGGCCAUGAUGUCAGUCCGAAGGCAGUUGCUGGACCAAUGGCUAACAAUGAAAGAACUCUACGUGGCGGACCUGUUGGUACACCAAGUGGUAAACAGUCAGCUGAUUUAGAAAACAUACUUUCAGAAACCCCUCCAUCGUCUGAGAUAAACGAUAGUACGUCUAAUUCAAAUAUGGUUCAGCCUCUGAGAACUACUGGUUGGCAAAGGUGGUGUAUCAGUGUUGAACAAGCUAGCUCUACUUCUCAGUUGCAUUUAUUAGCUCGAGCUCUUGAACGCGGAGCUCUUCGAGCUGCUUUGGGCGGAAGAGGUGUGUCUUCUGCUAUUUCCAACUAUGUUUCACAACAUCCUUUACCUACUUUAAAAUGCACUUUGUGUCGAGGUCCUCCAGAUGUUCAUUACUUGUCUACGGCAUAUGGAAAUUUAUCUGCAUUUUCCGUUUGUUCCGGCAAUCGACGAACCAGUAUCCGAAAACCUUCUCGGCCUAGGCAUUCUGAUAUUUCAGCUUCAAAUAGUCCUGUAUCUAAUAAUAUCGAUACGCCAUUAACUGGAUUUAUAAGUAAUCAUUCCUCUCUAUCCAGCAUAACUUCUGCUCGUCUGGAGGUAACAGGUGGUAGUGUUGUAUUGUGUGCAUUUUGUCUUCGUUCCGCUGGUGUUCUGUCGUCAGUAACAGAUAACGAUACAAGGCUACCACAUCCCAAUAAUCAGGCAUAUGAAUUGUCUACCACAUUGGUAUAUUCAAAUGAAGAUUAUGUAUGUCCAAAUGAGAAUGUUCUCCGCCAAAGAUCUGUGUUAGAAAAUCUUAAUGAUUGUGACGAAGUUCAUAAUUCUAUCACAGAAGCCACUUGCUUUUCUCCGAAGUCAUUAGAUGUCUCAUCGAUUGAUAAAUUAUGUGUUACUGUGGAUGUACACUAUGAUGAUGAAGUUGAACAGUUGCUUAGACCAUAUAAUCAGAGAAAAAAACCUAAAGAACAUUCCAAAUCUCUAAGUACAGAAGUUGAAGGAAACUGUCGUUUGAAACGUGCAUCUAUUAUUUUAGAUAACUGUGCUCCACAAAUCACAAAUACUCGUGAUAGAGGUCGUCGUUCUUAUCGUGGUCGUCCUAGAAAACCUGAUAUACCUAUAUCAAGUCCCUCAUCUGAUAUCCCUGACCCAAUUCCCCCACUAUCCAGUAAUCAAAGCCAGUUCGAUCAAGCUACUGCAGAACGUUUUCUGACAGAAUUGUGUAUGAGCAGUUCAGCACGUCCACUUCUCCGAUGCGGACUUGGUCGAACUGUAGCUCUGGGUGAAUUAAAUCAAUCUAAUGGUGAUUUAGAAACUGAUUUUAUGCCUAUUACCACAAUUGAACGUUCCAGAACAAGUCAUCGGACACGAUCAACGACAUCAUCCAGUCAUAAUGCUGAAGAUCGCAGAUUGUAUGCUUACGAUUUAGUUGGUUUAAAAGAGCUUUUAAGUCGUGGUGAACUACCUCGGGGACCAGGGCAAGUAAUUUCCCAGCUCAGAUUACUGCUAUCCCAUUGGUUACGUAGCAAUCGUCCGGGGAGUCGAUUGCAUCAGUGUGCUUCAGACUUACUGGAGCAGAUGAAUAAAAAGUUGAAAUUAUUACAGUCAAACACCGUUCCCAUCAAUGGUAUCAUUAACAGUAAUAUUGGCAGUAAUGAUGACAAUUUAGGUAUUGUGGAGCAACAUAUACAAACACUAGAUACUACUGGUCAUUAUGGUAAACGUAGACGCCAAUGA